UAGAAUCAGUUCCAGUCAGUUGGGUACAGUUUGUUGUUGGGACAACUGAACCUGUUUUAGAAAGGGGUGUGGCAUUUGGAAGCAAGCCCAGUCCUUGGCCAACCCCUGCAUACUAAGGCCUAAGGUCGGAUCAGGACCAUACCAAACUUCAAGCCGAGAGUCUCAAGGUCUUACAUGCAGACUGCAAGGCCAACAAAAUGGCGGUGGAGACCUUAGACGACCUGGACACCAGACUGGGUGUUGGUGAUAUUGUAGCCGUCAUUGUCUACUUUGUGGCUGUAGUGUGCGUUGGACUAUGGGCGAUGCGACGCAGCAACCGUGGGACAGUCAGCGGGUUUUUCCUGGCAGGAAGAACAAUGAUCUGGCUGCCGGUUGGGGCGUCCUUGUUUGUAUCCAACAUCGGGAGCGAACACUUCAUCGGACUGGCGGGAUCCGGCGCGGCAGGCGGGAUCGGGGUCGGGGCCUGGGAGUUCAACGCCCUGAUGUUACUGCAGCUGUUAGGGUGGAUAUUUGUUCCUGUCUACAUUGCUUGUGGGACAACCACGAUGCCGCAGUGGCUGAGGAAACGGUUCGGAGGACAGCGUCUGCGCGUCAUGUUCGCCAUCUUGUCUCUCAUACUGUACGUCAUGAUCAAGUUGUCGGUGAACCUGUACUCCGGAGCUCUGUUCAUUGAGCAGUCCCUUGGCUGGAACAUGUACCUGUCUAUCGCCAUUCUACUUAUCCUAACCGCCAUUGUGACUAUCACAGGUGGUCUGGCUGCUGUGAUCUACACAGACACUCUACAGGCCAUUCUCAUGGUGCUGGGGGCUGUCGCACUCAUGAUUGUCAGCAUGGUUCGUGUUGGUGGCUGGGAGGGGUUGAGAGAACAGUUCAUGGUGGCCAUGCCCAACAUCACUAAGGAGUAUGUCAACGCCAGACAGUUCAACCUCUCCAUGAACAACUACACAGAGCAGUACGGAAAGUGUGGCAUCCCCUCAGAUGACUCUUUUGUAAUGUUGCGUGAGAUAAAUGACCCACAAAUGCCGUGGCUGGGUUUUCUACUGGGCCAGACCCCAGCUUCUAUCUGGUACUGGUGCACAGACCAGGUGAUAGUACAGAGGGCCCUGGCAGCUAAGAACCUGGACCACGCCCGUGGAGCUACCCUGAUGGCCGGCUUCAUUAAGAUCCUCCCCAUGUUCAUGAUGGUCGUCCCAGGCAUGGUCAGCAGGAUCCUCUUCCCCAAUCAGGUGGGGUGUGCUGACCCCACCACCUGUCUGGAGGUGUGUGGAAAUGCUCACGGCUGUACCAACAUCGCCUACCCCAAACUGGUGCUGGGAGUCAUGCCCGUAGGUGCCCGUGGCAUCAUGAUGGCAGUGAUGGUGGCUGCCCUGAUGAGUGACUUAGACUCCAUCUACAACUCUGCCUCCACCAUCUUCACUAUAGACAUCUGGCAGCGCCUGCGGCCUCGCGCUGGGAACAGGGAACUCAUGAUAGUGGGCAGAGUGAUCAUGCUGAUCCUGACUGUGGUGAGUAUCCUGUGGGUACCGAUCCUCCAGGCCAUGUCAGGAGCUCAACUCUUCAUCUACAUCCAGGAGAUCUGUGACUAUCUGGUCCCCGCCAUCGCUGCCAUCUUCCUGGUUGGCGUCUUCUGGCAGAGGUGCAACGAAACGGGAGCGUUCUGGGGCUUGAUGGGAGGAGUGUUGAUCGGACUGGUGCGCACCAUCCUGGUCUUCCUGUACGAGGACGUCCGCUGUGGAGACCACGCUGAAGUAGCGCCCCCUGGCAUCGUCUCCCUGCACUAUAUGUACUACGCGCUGGUCAUCUUUGUCUGCACGAUCAUUCUAACUGUGGUUAUUUCCCUGUUCACACAGCCUCUGCCAGAGUAUUUUACUGUGCGCACCACGUACUGGACUUACAUGAACAGUUCCAUCAGAGAUGACGAUGUGAAGAUGUGGAACAAGUUAGAACAGCUACAGGAGGAGGAGGGGGCUAAAGACGACAAGAUACAGGAUGCCGACGAAGUCAUGGUGGAAAAUGAGCAACCCUGGUACAAACGUCUGUUUGUCUGGUACUGUGGCUUUAACGAGAAGACCAAGGAGCCCGUUGAGAAGCCGGAUGACUUCAAGGACCGUCUGAAGACCCUGGAGCAGAAACCUCUCAUGCGAAUCAUCCUUAACAUCCUCCUUGUGUGCAUCUUAAGUAUCGGCAUCUUCUGUUAUGUCUACUUCUCUGUCAGAACCUGAAACUAAAGGCAGCUGUGUCUUUUUAUUUGCUAAAAAUACAGAUAGUAUUGGGUAUUCGCUAAAAAGACAGAAGUAAAACUGUCAACUUUGAUUUACAUAACUUCAGAUUGUUAAGUUGUAAAUAAUUCAUUCUCAUUUUUUUAACAAUCUGUGAUCAUGAUUCAUACACUUUUAGUGAGAACUAAUGUCAGCUCAGGUUUAGUUUGCAAUGAACACUUUUUUGUCAUCACAUAACUAUGGAGUAGUAUGGUGUAUGUGUAUAUAUUUGUGCUUAGAUUGUCAGUAACAUUCUUCUUUGGUUCUUGAAACAGUUGUCUUUAUUAUGUUUACCUUUGCAGAAGGAAAACAUUGUUUUUGCUCAGUUUCUUCUUCCUCUUCUUCUUCUCCUCCAUACAAUU